UGUGCUCAAAGAUGUGGUAAGAAUACGCACUCACCAGAUGCGUAUUGUAAAUACGCAUGUAAUAUAUGUAAUCAGAGGUCCCCUUUACGGAUAGAUGAGGUAAGCCAGGAAUGGAAUAUCCUCCCUCUGGAUGGUAUACAGCACAGCGGAGGUCCCGUUUAAGGAUGGAUGGGUGUUUGCAGCCUGGGAUGGAAACUCCCUCCCCUGGAUCCUGUGGUGAACUACAGCUAUCUCCCGGGAUAGGGCUCUGUAAAUCAAUUAGCCCUCCCCGGUAUUAGUCCCCCGGGAG